AUGGAAGAAGAAAGGGACUUCGUUCCUGAUUAUGAACCCGAGUAUGAUCAACUACUCAGUCCUCCAUCUAGGGUGCCUGGUUCGGCUACGAGUAAAAGAGGGAAACCAUGCCCAAUCUGUAUGGCAAAAUUUACACAUGUAAAGCGCCAUGUCAUAAAAGAUCAUUUACCAUGGUAUACCUAUCCCUCUACAUGCUGUCCAACUUGCAGAAUUAACUUUGGCCAAAAACACUUUUUAGAUGUGCAUGUGGAAAAUCAACAUAACAAUAAUAGCCCUUCACAACAGUUUGCCCAUUUCUGGAUGGAUUUUAUGUAUUACCUAUUCUUACAAAUUAUUCACAUUUUGAAAUUAGAAACUUUUGAGAAUCUAUUUAAAUUCAUUAACAGCAAUGAACAGUUCAGUUGUUGUAAGGGAUCUGUUUUUCAAGAAGAUGAUCUUGUUCUAGGUGAAAAAUUUUUAAAAGACAAGUUUCCAGGAGUAACUGUUUCAAAAAUACCUUUUCCAGUAGUUAAUGCUUCAUCUCUUUUACACUGGAAGAUUUUAAGCAAACUUAUUGAUAUUUCUAACUGUACAGACCUUCUUUUUAAAGUGUAUAAAAAGUAUGUAGUGUGGAUUUUAGGUUCAUCAAUUGUACAUUGGGCUGCUCAGAGAGCAAUUGACAUUGGUAUAGAAAAUCUUGAAUUUGAAAGGACAAAAUUGAGCAUUUUUUGGCAUGGAAUAAGGGGCAUGAAAUGGGAAAGUUUAUUGGAUACUGUUUCUUUUUGUGAAUCAAAAUUUCCUCUGCCAGAUUUCAUUAUUAUACACUUAGGUUCAAAUGAUAUCAAAUUGGGAUGUUCAAGAAAACUAUUAUCACACAUGCAGAAAGAUUUAGCUGAAAUUAGACAGAAGUUUCCAAAUUGUAAAUUGAUUUUUUCAGAACUAUUAACAAGGCUUAUUUGGAGGGGUUUAAAUUGGGAAGAAGGAGAAAGGGAAAGGUCUACCAUUAAUAAAGGAAUGUAUGAUUUUAUUGGGAAUGAAAAUAAUAUUAGACAUGCUAAAAUUGAGCCCAGAAAAAGAUAUUUAUUUAGGAGGGAUGGCAUUCAUCUCUCAGAUUUAGGUAAUGAUUUUUUACUGGAAGAUUUCAAGAUCAAAAUUCAACAAAGUAUCAUUUAA